AUGGAGAUUGGCAAGGAAGCCACUCCCCCGGAGGAGAACUACCAUUUCUGGGAGAGUGAGGUGGAGCUGGUAAGGAAGAAGACCCUUGCUCCAGACGGAAAGAAAUUUAGGUACUUUGAUGACAAGGGAAUCUUCAACUUUGUCUUUAUGGCAUGGAUGUAUGGCUGGGUCAAGGAAACGUCGAGGAGGUACCUGGACCCUUACAUGCUCCACCCACUCCCGCUGGCCGACCAGAUUCUCCACUGGCAACCAAUUCUUUCCAGACACGUCAGUGAUGGAAUCUCCAAAAUUGAAGCUUAUGAAUCUCUUGGAGAAGAAAAGAAAAAAGGUGCCAAGAAGCCAGUCAAACACAUUCUGGCAAGGGCCAUUUGGCUAACCUUUUGGAAGAGGUUGGUUGGUAUUAUAGUGGGCGUAAUGGUAAUGAAUGGUAUCGGAAUGACAGUUGCACUCUUUCUCCAUAAACUUCUGGGUUUACUACCAAAAAAAGGUUUCAAACUCAUUACACUACUCUCUCUAGCAUUCUCUAUCAUCGCUGUUGAGUUAUUCAAGGACGUUUGCAUGGACCACAUCAACUACUACGUAAGGAGGCUUUCAUUUAUAAUGGACUCUUCUAUCCGUAUUACAAUUUUUCAGCAUGGACUCUGUUACAGAAGGAGUCUGUUUGGGCAUCUCUCUGACAACCCUGACGCUUGCAAGAGCAUCAUUCAUGGUUGUUCUGGAGAGGAUAAAUGUUCCAACGACCCAUUCUUGUGCCGGGCAAGGCGUUACAAGAACAAUGAGGUCGUUCCCAAAAUAUAUCCUCUAGUGCUAAACGACUCGUACUACAUUCCCUUCUUUGUGGAAUUCAUUACGGGUAUGAUUGACUUUUUGACUGCGUUCAUCUACGGCAUGAUUCUCAUGAACAGCCAAUUUCAUGUCAAAUCUUUGAACAUUUUAUCGGUCUCCCUUUCCUUUGUUGUAUGCAUGGUUGUUGUGGAGAUUACAAAUGGUUUCCUCAUGAGGUACUACUUGGGUAUCAGGGAUCACAAAAUUGCAAGGGCCAAUGAGGUCAUUGUCUCUUCAUUGAAGCUGGUUGAGACAAUGUCACUGGAUGACAUCGGUCAUAAUAUGAUAACUGAGACUAGAAACGACGAGCUAGUGUUGGUAUUCAUCCGUUUCUUUUUAUCACUCGUCAACAAGGUUUUCAUGACAUCUAUCAUGUGUGUGAACAUUAUCAUCUUGGUCACUGACUUUGUCGGACAAGUUAAGGACGCCACCAACGUUGAGAGCAUUGAUCCUUCGGGACUCUUGGCAUCCAUCUUUGUUAUUAUGAAGAUCAUUGGCCCAUUGUAUUUGGUGCCUGUGAAAUUGAGAUUGUUAACAUGUGCUUUAAAUUCGUUCUUAAGAGUAGAACGUUUCUUCAGAACUUGUUCUCCAAACUUUUAUCUUCCGGAUAACAAGUUUACUGGGGAUACUCCUUUGCCAGAGGCACUACCUGGUGAAGAGAAGACACUGCCAAAGGGCCUAGUGAUAAUGUUCAAGAAGGCCUCUUUUGCAUGGGUCAACAGUAGAAAGGAUCUUUUAGACCACACUGGUACCACCUGUCUUAGGAACCUUGACUUUGUCCUCAAUACUGGUGACCUUGCCAUCAUUACUGGUGCUCAGGGUUCUGGUAAGAGUAACUUUAUCAAGGCUAUCCUUGGUGACAUGACUCUUGUUGAAGGAUCAAUGGCUGUAUUGCCUCUCUCUACCAACAUGCCAAUAUUCUAUGCUUCUCAGGAUGUCUGGCUACAAAAGGGUACCAUUAAGUCUAACAUUACUUUUGGUCACAGAUUUGAUGAUAAGCUCUACAAGAAAGUUUUAAAGGCAGUUGAGCUGGAGCAUGACAUAUCCACUUGGGAAGGAGGUGACUUGCGUAAGAUCUCUGAACAUGGUUACUCUCUCAGUGGAGGUCAGAGAGUAAGAGUUGGACUUGCUCGUGCCCUUUAUGCUUACCUCAUCUUUAGCAAGACUAAUAGAGAGAGUGAAUCUGACCAUUCCUUCCUUGUGGUAAUAGACGACUCAUUUACUGGUCUGGACCCGUUUGUGGCGAGGACCAUCUUUAGGAAUCUCUUUAGUGUUAAUGGUGGACUAUUGACAAAGGGUGACGUAUCUGCAGUUCUUACCAUCUCCAGGCGUAUUUUGGAAGCUUGUGUAUCAUCCGCUCACGUUAUUUUGGCGUGGAGAUCAAGACUUUACUGUUACCUGGAACUCUAUAUGGGAUGUAUUAGGAGGUUCGAGAACUUUGUCCUUCCAAACACCAAGAUUAAGUUUGACAAAAGGAGGAACAUUCACCAGACCGAUGUUAUUGUUGACCAUUCUGCAUCAACUGGAGAUGAUAAGAUAGCAGAUGAGGAUAUCAAGGAUACCCUUCGCAAGAGGCGACGUAAUGAGUAUGCUGAGAGAAGAGCUGCUAGAUGUACUAGUCUCAAGAUGCUCUUCUUUAAGCACCAGGUUAAUAUACUUGACAUUUCCAAGUACUCCACUCCAGGCAUGACUAGGAUAAAGUUGGAUAAUGUAAACAUCCAUAUCGUUAAUAAAAAAGCGGGAGUGAAGUAUGCUAUUCUCAAGAAUAUUACCUGUUCUGCGGAUACCUCGGACAUUAUCGGUAUUGUUGGAAGAACUGGAGCAGGAAAGUCUACUAUGUUGUCAGUACUUCAAAACCUUGCAGAGAAUAGAGACAGUUCUGUAUUCUUAGAUGGUUGUGAUUUAAAUGAUAUGCCAAAGAAUGUGACUAGGCAGAUUAUUGGAGUACUACCUCAACUACCAUUUGUAUUCAGAGGUUGGACAGUUCGUAGGUUCAUUGACCCUAGAAUGUUAUUUGAUGAUACCAAUAUUGAAAUGGCUCUGGAAAAUUGUGGCUUGCUUAAGUUUGUCGAGAACCUCUCGGGUGGAAAGGGUCUUGACACCAUCAUUAUACCUGACCAUUACCAUAAGGAUCUACCAAGGCAUUUAAAGAGAGCUUAUUACGGGCCUACUCUAAGACCUUAUGACUCACCCUCCGCAGAUAAUGUGAACAUUGACUAUGGAUCAGCACUGUCAAACUCACAAUUACGUACACUAUCAGUAGCAAGACUGGUGCUCUACAGAGAAUUCUUCAAGGUUCUCCUGGUUGAUGAGCCUCCAGAGGAUGAACAUGAGACUUCCCACACUACGGUUGGAAUUCCAAUAUAUGAGCUCAUCAAGACACACUUCCAACACUGUACAACAUUUAUUGCAGCUCACGAUGUUGACGUUUUGCGUCUCUGCACUUCAGUUUGGGUCUUCCACAAAGGUUCUCUCAUCAAGACCUGCAAGACUGAAGAAGUUAUAGACAGCGGGUCACUCUCCAAGAUUAUAGAGGAUUGCAUUACCACACACGUUUAA